AUGGUGCUGUGGGAGUCCCCGCGGCAGUGCAGCAGCUGGACACUUUGCGAGGGCUUCUGCUGGCUGCUGCUGCUGCCCGUGACGCUGCUUAUCAUAGCCCGCCCGGUAAAACUCGCUGCUUUCCCUACCUCCUUAAGUGACUGCCAAACGCCCACCGGCUGGAACUGCUCCGGUUAUGAUGACAGAGAAAAUGAUCUCUUCCUGUGUGACACCAACACCUGUAAAUUUGACGGGGAAUGUUUAAGGAUUGGAGACACUGUGACUUGCGUCUGUCAGUUCAAGUGUAACAGUGACUACGUGCCUGUGUGUGGCUCCAAUGGAGAGAGCUACCAGAAUGAGUGCUACCUGCGGCAAGCGGCCUGCAAACAGCAGAGCGAGAUACUCGUGGUGUCGGAAGGAUCCUGUGCUGCAGAUGCAGGUUCGGGAUCUGGAGAUGGAGUCCAUGAAGGCUCUGGAGAGACCAGUCAGAAGGAGACAUCUACCUGUGACAUUUGCCAGUUUGGGGCCGAGUGUGAUGAAGAUGCUGAGGAUGUCUGGUGUGUGUGCAACAUUGACUGUUCUCAAACCAACUUCAAUCCCCUCUGUGCUUCUGAUGGGAAAUCUUAUGAUAAUGCAUGUCAAAUCAAAGAAGCGUCAUGUCAGAAACAGGAGAAAAUUGAAGUCAUGUCUCUGGGUCGAUGUCAAGAUAACACAACUACAACCACUAAAUCUGAAGAUGGGCAUUAUGCAAGAACAGAUUAUGCAGAGAAUGCUAACAAAUUAGAAGAAAGUGCCAGAGAACACCACAUACCUUGUCCAGAACAUUUUAAUGGUUUCUGCAUGCAUGGGAAGUGUGAACACUCCAUCAAUAUGCAGGAGCCAUCUUGCAGAUGUGAUGCUGGUUACACUGGCCAACACUGUGAAAAGAAGGACUACAGUGUUCUCUACGUCGUCCCUGGCCCUGUCCGCUUCCAGUACGUCUUGAUUGCAGCUGUGAUUGGAACAGUUCAGAUUGCUGUCAUCUGUGUGGUGGUCCUCUGCAUCACAAGGAAAUGCCCCAGAAGCAACAGAAUUCACAGACAGAAGCAAAAUACAGGGCACUACAGUUCAGACAACACAACAAGAGCAUCCACACGGUUAAUCUAG